AUGAGUCAACAACAACUUGGUCAGAUUUUAACAGAGACUGCAUCACUCAGCGAUCAUAAAGUGAAGAGUGAGAAGUACAAGGCUCUCUUGGCACAACUCAUCGAAUCAAAAGAUGUAGAAAAUAUUAGAGUUUUUAUUACACAUGUUACCGAUGAAACAACACCAUUGGUUAUCUCUAGAUCUAUUCUAUCAUCGUUGACUCAAUCACUAAAGACAUUGGGAUUCGAUCCACAGAUGAAUCUGUCAAACUACGUGUUGGAGCGUAUUCAAGACAGAGUGGUAGCUUUCGAGGAACAAGUAUCAGACAUUCGUUACAAUCUUGCUAAACUCUACGAGAGACAAGAGAACUGGAGAGAAGCUGCCAAGUGUCUCAUGGCAAUUCCAUUAGAUAGUAGUCAAAGAGUUAUCUCACCAGAAUAUAAAGUAAAGAUCUAUGUAAAGAUUGCUAGAUUGUUCUUGGAGGAAGAGGAAUCCGUACAAGCAGAGACAUAUAUCAACAGAGCAUCGGACUCUAUCCAUCAAGUCAAGAAACAAAAAUUGAUUUUAGCACACAAGACAUGCUUUGCUAGAAUUAUGGAUUAUAAACGUAUGUUUUUGAAGGCAGCCAACAAAUAUUAUGAAUUGUCUACUAUUCUUCCAAGUGAAGGUGAUCGUUCGAUGGCAUUGGUAUGUGCUAUCAUCUGUGCCAUUCUCGACAAAGCCGGUCCACAAAGAUCACGUAUGUUGGCUACACUCUAUAAAGAUGAAAGAAGUUCACAAUCCGAAGCAACAAAGAUUGUCUAUCCAAUUUUAGAAAAGAUGUUCUUUGAAAGAGUAUUGAGAAAGACAGAGGUUACUAAAUUUGCUGAAUUGUUGAAACCACAUCAAAUGGCUUUGUUGUCGGACGGUGGUACUGUGUUGGACAAGGCUGUCAUUGAGCACAAUCUUCUCUCGGCCAGUAAGAUCUAUAAUAAUAUUACAUUCGACGAGUUGGGUGCUCUUUUGGAGAUUCCUUCGGACAAGGCAGAGAAAGUCGCAGCCAAGAUGAUGCAAGAGGAAAGAAUGACUGGCUCGAUCGAUCAGAUCGAUCGUCUCAUCGAAUUCGAGACAGUCAGCGACUGCUUCCAACAAUGGGAUCAAAACAUUGAGAAUCUAUGUCUUCACAUGAACUCAAUCAUUGAGAAUAUCUCAAAGAAACAUAUUGAUUUUGUAGUUUAA